AUAUUUCUUACGCAAUCUUUGCUGCACAGAGCAUCGUUCACCAUGUUGCCCAAUCUGAAGGCACGUCGCAUCACUGGCAUGCAGUUGGCAGGCAAGCAUCUGGGUCCCGUGGCCAAGUGCCCGCCCCGCUACUCUGAGGAGGACUGGGACUACAAUAACAAGAUCAAGUUUAGGAUUACCUGCGACCAGGAGAAGCUGGCCGAGCGCAUUGUCGAGGAAUCGCGUCGCGUGGUUGACGAGACGAAGGACACCACCAAGAACUGGCAGCGCGAAGUAGAGCACCACAUGCGCGAGCGCACCAGCGAGAUCCGCUUCCUGGUGGACGAACUGAAUCGCCAGAAGAAGACGGCCAUGCUGGAGGACGAGGCCCUGAACACAUAUCGCAAUAGGGUGCUGAAUGCCAUCGAGUUCCUUAAGGAGAAGUCUCUAGCCAUUUGCAAGCAGUGCCUGAUUCUUCGCGAGGGCCGCAUCGGGGUCGAUCUUUGCGAUGAUGAGGUGGAUCGCUCGCUGCGCCGCGAGCUGAAGGUGAUCAAGGGCUGUCAGGGGCUAGCUGAUGCCGCUCUAAAAGAGGCCGAGGAGCAGAUUCGCAAGCUGCGCGCAGCUAUCUAUCUGCUGGACCAGGAUCUGGCCGCCAAGGACAAAUCUCUGGCCAUUGAUGAGAAGAAUCUCAAGCUGAAGGAGUUCCAGCAUGACCUCGGCAAGGGUCAGGACUUAUCCAAGUCGCACUGCCAAUUCUCCUUGACCGAAUGGCAGGCACAGACCUACGAGAACCUGGAGGCCAAUGCCAAGGCCCUGGUCUCGGCCGGCCAGCUGCGCGCCUACAUUGAUCUGCUUCUAAAGCAGGUCUGCGAGGACAUGCAGAACCAGACGGACCGCACUAACGAAGCCUUCGAGCGGCGCAUUGCCGAGACGAAGCACGUGAAGCAGUGCCUGGAGAACAAGCACAAGGACACCAUGGACCACAUUCACCAGGUGCAGCGCAACAUGACCGAUCUGGAGAAGGAGAUGAUGGACAAGCAGCGCGCCAUUACUCUCUGUCAGACGCGACUCAGCAAUCGCGCCCAUCGCCCGGGACUAGAGCUGACAUGCGAUAUGGUCCAGGAUGCGCUCUAUAACGAGUUGCAGGCCCUGAAGGCCUCCGUCUGCAAGCUGAAUCAGAAGCUGAACGAGAACAAGGCAUCAAUGCGUUACUUGAUGCAUGUCCAGGUCAUGCAGGAAGAGGAGAUAAAUAUAAAGGCAAACACUUGCAAGAUCGACGAGGUGGAUUGCAUGACCUUACGCCAGGCACUUAAAUACCAAUCGUUCUAGGCAACCAUCUUCCACUAGUAGUCCAGCCUCAUAUACACAAACAACUAUUAAUCAAAUUAUAUGCAUACGCAUUUCGUGUUCAAUUCAAAAUUAAUUAUUAAAUUGAAAUUCACUUUCGAUUUCAAGCUAGAAUCAACAAAGAAAUUUGAAUUAAAAUUUUAAAGUAGG